CAUGCGCCCUGCAGAUCGCUUGCCGCACACGUCUCCACGGAGGGGAGUGUUGCAGAGCCUUGUCGUUCUGACCCGAGGAGCCCUGCCUGAGAGCCUUUGGCAGAAAUGUCUAAUGCAAAAGAAAGAAAACAUGCUAAGAAAAUGAGAAAUCAGCCCACCAACGUGACUUUAUCCUCUGGCUUCAUGGCGGAUAGAGGUACAAAGCACUAUAAUGGAGGUGGGAAAUCUUUCCAAGCUCAAAAACAAGAGCUUCUUCCUGGAACUUCACGACCGCGGCAUACCAAAAUGAUCCACCAUUCCCCAGUUGAUACUGAUGUGAAUGAACAGUCUUCCUCCAAAAUAAUGUUUAAAAAAAAGGGAGGAUGGAAAGCAGGUCCUGAGGGCACCUCUCAGGAGAUUCCCAAGUAUAUAACUGCUUCUACUUUUGCUCAAGCCCGAGCUGCUGAAAUCAGUGCUAUGUUGAAAGCAGUGACCCAGAAAUCUUCUAAUUCACUGGUUUUCCAGACGCUGCCCCGGCACAUGAGACGGAGAGCCAUGAGCCACAAUGUCAAACGCCUUCCCAGGCGGUUGCAGGAAAUCGCCCAGAAAGAGGCAGAGAAAGCAGUGCACCAGAAAAAAGAACAUUCAAAAAAUAAAUGCCAUAAAGCUCGAAGAUGUCACAAAAACCGGGUGCUAGAAUUUAACCGUAGACAAAAGAAGAACAUAUGGUUAGAGACUCACAUCUGGCACGCCAAACGGUUUCACAUGGUCAAGAAGUGGGGCUACUGUCUCGGGGAGAGGCCGACAGUCAAGAGCCACAGAGCCUGCUACCGAGCCAUGACAAACCGUUGCCUUCUCCAGGAUCUAUCCUACUACUGUUGUUUGGAGCUGAAGGGCAAAGAGGAAGAAAUACUGAAGGCACUUUCUCCGAUGUGUAGCAUAGACACAGGACUGACUUUCGCAGCAGUUCACUACUUGUCUGGAAAACGCCAAGGUAGUGUCAUACUUUACCGGGCAAAUAAAUACCCUAGAGAGAUGCUGGGGCCUGUUACGUUUAUUUGGAAGCCUGAGUGGACCCCUGGUCACACUUCUGAGAGCAGGCAGUUAUGGAUCUGGCUUCAUCCAACUCUGAAACAGGAUAUUUUAGAGGAAAUAAAAGCAGCGUGCCAGUGUAUGGAACCCAUCAAAUCAACUGUCUGUACCCCGGAGCCCCUGCUGACACCAUCGCAGGAAAAAAGCCAAAUGGAACUACCUGAUGAGAGAAUUGGCAAGAAAAGAAAACGGAAAGAUGAUGGAGAAAAUGCUAAACCAGUUAAAAAAGUCAUCGGUGAUGGAACUAGAGAUCCACAUCAACCAUAUUCUUGGGUCUCUCCAGCCACAGGCGUUAUAAUCAGUGAUUUGACGAUGGAGAUGAACAGGCUCCGGUUGAUCGGUCCACUUUCCCACUCCAUCCUAACUGAGGCACUAAAAGCUGCUUCUGUCCAUACCGAGGGAGAGGACACAGAGAAGACACCUCACCAUUGGUGGAUUGAAACCUGUAAGAAUCCUGAUAGCGUUUCCCUUCAUCACAAACAAGAAGCCAUUUUUGAAUUGUUGGGAGGAAUAACAUCACCAGCAGAAAUUCCAGCCGGUACUAUUUUGGGACUGACAGUUGGGGAUCCUCGAAUAAAUUUGCCUCAAAAGAGGUCCAGAGUUUUGCCCAACCCAGAAAAAUGCCAAGAUAAUGAGAAAGUUAGACAGCUGCUUCUGGAGGGUGUGCCUGUGGACUGUGCGCAUAGCUUUAUUUGGAACCAAGCUAUCUGUAAGAAUGUCACAGAGAAUAAAAUCUCGGAUCAGGAUUUAAACCGGAAGAGAAGUGAAUUGUUGGUGCCCGGGUCACAGCUUGUUUUAGGUCCCCGUGAAUCCAAGAUACCUGUACUUUUGAUUCAACAGCCAGGAAGGGUGACUGGUGACGACCGACGAGGCUGGGGAAGUGGCUGGGAUGUCCUGCUCCCAAAGGGCUGGGGCAUGGCUUUCUGGAUUCCAUUUAUCUAUCGAGGUGCAAGAGUUGGUGGGUUAAAAGAGGCUGUGGUGCAUUCUCAGUAUAAAAGAUCGCCUGACGUCCCUGGUGAUUUCCCAGACUGCCCUGCUGGGGUUCUUUUUGCUGAAGAGCAAGCCAAGGGUCUCCUUGAAAAGUACAAAAGGCGCCCUCCUGCAAAACGGCCCAACUAUGUUAAGCUUGGCACUCUGGCACCUUUCUGCUAUCCCUGGGAGCAGUUAACUCAAGAGUGGGAAUCAAGAGUCCAGGCCCAAGAGAAAUCACCUGUAGCUUCCUCUCCACGUGGCGAGGAGAGUAACUUGAAAAGAGAGAAGGUGCCUUGUACCCCCAUGCCUGAAAAAUCCGAUCAGCUGUCUGAUGAAGUGGGCAUGUCUCUGAGCAGCCCCAGCGAGCCCAGAGAAGUGAUGGACACAGAGUGUCCAGCCCAGAUGGGGACUGAGUGGGUAACAGGACCAGCUGCCACCAGCAGUCUCCUCUGCGUUCUUAGGAGUAGAAAAUCACUGAAGCAGCUGUCAGCCUGGUGUGGGCCCAGUUCUGGACCCCGUUGGGCAGCCCAGCGAGCUCCCAGCAGCGGGCAGCAAGCAUUGACCAGAGAGGCCUGCCUGUCCAUCUUGGACCGUUUCCCCAGGGCCCUGGUAUGGGUCAGCCUGUCCCUGCUGGGGAAGGGCAGCCCCGAGCCGCACACCAUGAUCUGUGUUCCAGCCAAGGAGGAUUUCCUCCAGCUCAGUCAGGAUCGGCUGUACUGUGGGCCCCACGAAUCCAAGCACAGUGACCCAUUCAAGAGCAAGAUCCGGAAACAGAAAGAGAAGAAGAAAAUAGAGAAGAGGCAGAACCGAGGGUGCACUGUGUCUGAGGGUCCGGCCGGGGCAUACCCUGCGGCUGGGCACCACGCUCUGACCCUGGGCUUGUGGUCAGGCCCUCUCCCGGAUGUGACUUCUCAUUGCUCCAGAGUUCUCCUUGGCUUUGUCACCCAGGGAGAUUUCUCCAUGGCUGUGGGCUGUGGAGAAGCCCUGGGGUUUGUUAGCUUGACGGGUCUGCUGGAUAUGCUGUCCGGCCAGCCAGCCGCAGAGAGGGGCCUAGUGUUGCUGAGGGCCCCUGCCUCUUUGCAGUAUCGGUUUGCGAGAAUUGCCGUGGAGGUGUGAAUGCUGGUUUACGUCCUUGCAGGGCGUAGAUGUUAGCUGUUUGCCAAGUCCCACCACUGGAGAGCUUUGUUUUUGCCAUGUUCUGUUUUAAAAUACCACGUGAAAUGCCUUGGAGACCAGAAUAAAAGAAUUCUGUGUUAUGCA